AUGAACCCUUCAACCGGAAAGGGCAUAUACCUGUCUGUUUUCACCAGAUGCAACCGGAGGGGUCAAGCCAAAGGUCUCCCGUGCGAAGGCUACCCUCCAAGAUACAUCAUCCUCGAGGAGCCGUCUUUACAACGACAUCAACGUGCUGAGAACCUCAGCCCUGGUCAACACACCAUUUCGGAUGCCUCAACUCCUGUCGACCACAUCAGCCUUUCCGAAACGAUCGGACGCCCCGGCGAGCUCUUCUACCGCAUCAGCGGGGUCAUCAACUCUGGUCAACAAUACUUGGCCGGAACGCUAUCUGUGUCCGAGUUUGAGCACAUCCUGGAGGCCGCGGAACAAUUCUUUCGAACUUGGGACGCCGAUACCGAGAAGAGAGCUGCCCUAGGUUCUGACCAAAAGGCCCUGGCUGAAGCGUACCGCCACACGUGUAUCAUCCGCGUCCUACGCUUCCCCGACACUUGGCGGAUUCCAUGCGAGGACCCAACGAUCGCAGCGUCAGUUGUGGGGAUCCUCGACGCAGCCGCCAGCAUCCCCACAGCAUCGCCCUGGUUCAAGCGGCUCCUGUUCCCGCUGUUUAUCGCGGGCGCUGAAACGUCCGUGCCGCACCAGCAGCGGUUUCGUGGAGUUGUGCAUUGGUGA